UCGUCAAAUUCCUCCAUUUUAGCUGUCUGCCUGUCCCCUUCAAACGCAAAUAAACCCUCUCUCUUUCUCUUUCUCUCUCUCGUAUCAAAACCACAACUUCUCUCACUCUUCUUCUCUCUUUACACACACACAUUUUCCUCACUACACUCUCCAUCUUAAUUUCUUAACCUCAUUUUUUGCCUUAACCAGAAAACCCAAACAAUCAUCAAUUUAAAAUAAUAAUAAUAAUAAUAAUAACGAUGGAAGCACCUGAAUUCUAUAACCAAAAUGGAUUUUGCUCGCCAUUUUCAAAUGAAAAGCACCAUUCUUUAGAUUCUAAGCCUACUGGCGGUGGUGGUGGUGACCAUUUCAUUGUCGAGGACCUUCUAGACUUUUCUAACGAAGAUGCAGUCAUUACCGACGGUGGCGUCGCUUUUGAUAACGUUACAGGUAAUUCCACGGACUCCUCUUCCGUUACUGUCGUCGAUAGCUGCAAUUCCUCUUCUUUCUCGGGAUGUGAGCCUUGCUUUAAUGGCGGCGAUAUUGGCUCUCGUAAUUUGGCCGACGUUCAAUUCUCUAGCGACCUUUGCGUGCCGUAUGAUGAUUUAGCGGAGCUCGAAUGGCUGUCAAAUUUCGUGGAGGAAUCGUUUUCUAGCGAGGAUUUGCAAAAGCUACAGCUGAUAUCUGGCAUUAAAGCCCGGCCCGAUGAAUCAUCUGAGACCCGAAAUUUUCAACCAGACUGCAAUGGUAACGACAAUACUAACAACAAUAAUAACAACGACGUCGUAGCCAUCAAUAACAACAACAACCCAAUUUUCCACCCUGAAAUGUCCGUCCCAGCUAAGGCUCGUAGCAAGCGGUCUCGAGCUGCCCCAUGCAACUGGGCGUCUCGUCUCCUCGUCCUUUCCCCCACCACGACAUCACCGGAGCCGGAAAUUAUUGUCGGCCCAACGACUCAGCAUCCUAGUUCAGGAAAAAAGACGAUAAAAGGUACCGGACCGAAGCGAAGAGAUGGUGGAGAUGGAAAUGGAGAUGGCCGGAAAUGCUUGCAUUGCGCUACCGAUAAAACGCCGCAGUGGCGGACAGGGCCAAUGGGCCCAAAAACGCUGUGUAAUGCUUGUGGUGUGAGGUACAAGUCAGGUAGGCUUGUACCAGAAUACCGGCCGGCGGCGAGCCCAACGUUUGUGCUGACAAAACAUUCGAAUUCUCACCGGAAAGUACUUGAGCUUCGGCGGCAGAAAGAGUUGUUAAGGGCUCAGCAACAACAACAACAGCAAUUUCUCCAUCACCAUCAGAACAUGGUUUUUGAUGUAUCCAACGGCGAUGAUUACUUGAUUCACCAACACGUGGGUCCCGAUUUCAGGCAGCUGAUCUAGUAAGGUAGGGAAUAAGAGGCAGGUUCAGGUGGGGUCUAUUUUAAGGAUUUAGCUGCGAAAUUCGUUAGUGAAUUUCGUUAAUUCUUCUAAUUUUGCCUAACUUUUAAUUUCUUCAAUUUUUAUUAGACUUUGUUUAAUUUUUCAUUUUCUCUGAGUUGCUUUUUGUCUGCCAAAGUUGGCAAGCUCUUUGAAAACUCAAUUUUCCUAAAUUCAGGUUUCCUUCCUUUU